UCCCAGUGUAAUAGCUGAGUUACUAUAAAAAUAGAACCAAAAACACGCUUCAUCCAACGGUAAGAUGUCCAAUGUCUUGCAACAAUUUGGAUAGAAUGGCUUGCAGAGAUUUCGCAUUCAUUCACAAGACUAUUAGCAUAGAGUGAAAUUUUGCUCUCUCUUGAUCCCGAAUCUACUGAACCUUUGGCCACAUCUUGCGGGGAGAACUGUUGUUUAAUGUUAUGCGCUUUGUAAAAAAACACCAGACUGAUGAGUUGCUACAUUUCAAAACUGAUAAGCACCUUUUUCCUUAGCUGUCCGUAAUGUUGAUUUCUUCCCCUACGAAACCGCUAUAAAAAGAAUCUAAAUUACUAGCAUCAGCUCAGUAUCAUUAUUUAACAGCAAAGUGGUUGGUGCUUGAACAUCAUGGACGUUGCACAAUUGAUCGUGGUUUUAGUGUUGGUGUUGUGUUCAACAUCAGGAGUCUCCUCUGUCUCAGCAAAUAUCGGAAAUACCACGUUCUCUGGAUUUGCAUUCGAGAUGCUAAUUACGAAAUUAGAUUAUCAACAGGACCAGCUGAUCGAAGUCGAAACAGCCAUAAAGAAGGAUCAAGAAAUCAUUGACCAGAAGCUUUCUGGGAUUAUUGAGAUCAUCAAACAGCUGGGUCAGGCAAUUGGCCAAAACCUUACUGCGCUGCAAACUGAAACGAAUAAAGCCAAUGAAAAUCAAGACCAGCUACGGAGGGAACUACAAAAGCUGACGACAAAACAAGAUUUAGAUUUGUUUAUGAUCAAUUCUGGCUUAAAUCUUCGUACUGUCUCGUUUCCAUCGUGCAAGAAGAAUCCAUCGAAGCGAUCGGGCAAGUACAUCAUACAGCCUACCGAGGAUGAUGAACCAUUUGUGGGAUACUGCGAACAAACUGCAUUUGGAGGAGGUUGGUUAGUGUUCCAGUAUCGUUACGACGGAUCGAUGAACUUUUACCGCAACUGGACCGAGUAUCGGAAUGGGUUCGGCAGCAUCGAUGGAGAGUUCUGGCUCGGAUUGGAUCGGCUACACCGUUUGACGAUGACCCGAAAGCACGAGCUACUGGUGGAGUUGAAAGACUUCAAUGGAAACUACAAGUACGCACGGUAUAGUGAGUUUAUGAUCGGGAGUGAGAAGGAGCAAUAUGCGUUAGCAAAGCUGGGAUUUUACACGGGAACGGCAGAUGAUGCUUUGAAAAAUAACAAGGAAGAAAAGUUCACGACAAUGGAUCGCGACAAUGAUGCAAAGUUUGCAGAAAACUGUGCUUCCGCACACCAGGGCGCAUGGUGGUACUACAGAUGUUCUGAUUCAAAUCUUAAUGGAAUGUAUGUAAAUAGAGAUAUCAAAACAUCAAUGCAUUGGUCCAGAACACACUACAUAGGUAUGGCAUACUCUAGAAUGUUGAUUCGUGAAACUUGAAACGCACCGCUUUGUUGUUUGUAUCAAUAAAAUAAAUUAAUAAAGCAUAAAUACUGAUGAUAAUGAGGUCAGAGAUGCUGAACCGAUUGAUUGCACCGAUCUUCACACAACGUUUGUAAUUAUUCAAAUGCAUGGUUAUUAGUUUGCGCUAUCGCUGGCUACCGCGGUUGAUCAAACAACCAGUCGAUUCAUGACUUUUAGCGAUAGCUCAAGGAAAUGUUUGGAUGAGAUUGUGUUACGUGAUCACGUUUGGUUAGCAAAGAUCCGUAUGUGUAAGUAUAGUGGUGUAUAUUUGGUAUUUAUCAUACAAAGACUCACUACAUUGACGGUACAGUUGCAAAUAAUUUUUACAUCAACAUAGCUUUUACCGUUCAUGAAUUGUUCUGUGGUUUUUUCGGGCAGCCUUGUCUUUUUGCUUAGUAAUGUUGGCAUUUAUUCAUAAAGAUCUUUGUUAAUUUAUGUUACAUUGUUUAGCAUAGAGGUUUUCGAGUCAUAUAAUGGAAUAGUUCUAUCGGUUAAUGGAAUGCUUCAAACCGGUGGUUCAAUGGUGUUGGAAUAGUGCAAGCAUUCUGUGGAGUCAUCGGACUGUGGGUGCCGCUGUUAACAUUCCAAACAGUGGCGAUUUUAACGGUAAGCAAAGUAAGCGAUUGCGGGGGGCCCCGUCGAUGAGGGGCCCCGCGGAGCUUUAGUCCAGCAUCUAUAACAGUUGAUAGAAUAUGCGACUGUAUUAGCAAGGAGGGCCCCGUGGGCGAUGGACGUUGGGGCCCCGUGCUAGUCGAACCCUGAGCACCCCCCCCCCUUCCCUCCCCCC